AUGGCUUUGCGGUCCGAGUCGCAACAGGCGAUACUCUCGUCUUUGGCCCCUCGCUUGCGCACCUACCAGAAUGCUCUGAUCCAGCCUGUGAUUCCCAGCGCCGUGCCGGCGAACCCUCUGUCGCGAACCACCAAGCGAGGAACGACUAUAAUCAACUAUGCCGAGGAUGGGUACGAUGAUUACGACGAUGAUGACGACGACAACCGUCGCCGACCUACCGGUUUGCGCAGCCUCCGUCGCGACGACAGCGCCUCCAAAGUAGACCCCAGCGAAAAGGUCGGCAAGGAAGCUGUCGCCCCAGUUGAGAUGCAGGGCAUCUGGCGCGACUGGAUGAACAGGACUCGCCGGGCAGAUGCCCAAAACUAUGCCCAGGCUUGUCUCCCGCUGACGCUGAUCCCGAUUCGCAUCGAUCUCGACAUUCCAAGCUAUACACCCCCGCCUGCCCUGCCCGUCGGUGGCCAUGCCGACCCAAAUCACCCCUUCUUCAAACCCCAAGAACCAACAGUGCCUUACCGUCUACGCGACACCUUCAUGUGGAAUCUGCACGAGACAGUCAUCACAACCGACCAGUUUGCCACCACCUUGGUUCAGGACCUCGAUCUUCCCAACCGUGCCCAGACCAUUUCAGAAAUCAGCAAGCAGAUUCGGACACAGCUUGAAGAGUAUGCCGGUGUUGCGCUUCAUCCUCUUUUCCACUCGCACAGUUCACGACCCAACGCCGCCGAGCCCCCAAAAGCUUCGAUCCGUGUCGAGUCGGCCACUCCGGCCCCUCAAAACCUUGCAACCUCUUCCCUCAGCCGAUCCGAUACCCCCCACGUUCCCGCGACACCGUCCAAGUUGGGGAAUGCCCCAGCGACGCCGGGCGCGAUAUCUGAAAGAGAAGGCGUGACCGCCAGCGCUACCCCGCUUGAAACGUCAGCUGAUAACUACGAGAGCCCCGACGAUACCUAUAGAUGCAUCGUCAGCCUUAACAUCAACUUGUCGUCACAGGUGUACACGGACAAGUUUGAGUGGUCGCUGCUGCACCCGCCGGGAACGGCCGAGCUCUUCGCCAAGCAGACCUGUAGUGACUUGGGUUUGUCUGGCGAAUGGGUGCCGGCCAUGACGCAUGCCAUCUAUGAAGCUGUCCUACGUCUCAAGAAGGAAGCUUGCGAGUCGGGUGGUUUGGUUGCUGGCUGGGUUGGCGCCUCGUCUGCUCUCACUGCCAGCGGUGGUGUCCUGCCUCCAGGAGGAGUGAUUGAGUUCCCGAAUGACGCUGUCAACCCCAGCGGCGCAGGUGCUGGCUGGCGCUAUGAUCCUGACGGUCUUGCCGAAUCCUGGGGCCCUCGUUUGGAGUAUCUCAGCAAGGAGGAGAUUGAGAAACGGGAAGGUGACCGGGAGCGCCAGAUUCGUCGGCUGAGGAGAGAGACCGCGCGCUUCAGCAGUAAUACUGGGCUGGGCGCCGGUGGCGUGCCCGUUGGCUUCGGCUUCACCGGACUUAUUGAGCAAGAUGCGGAGGAGAGGAUGGGGAGAGGUGAAAGGAGCAAAAAGAAGAAGCGCUUCAGGAGUCUGUCGCCGGUCGGCCGAGCGGGCACUCCCGGUGGAUAUAGGGGUACUCCAGAUGCCACGAGCGGUGCUGGAGGUUACGGGGGUGGCGGAACACUUGCUGAGCAUGAGAGGAACACUUGGCGGUGCUCCCACUGCAAGGUUUGGGGGACAAGUGUUUGGGCUGUCCGGGAUGGUCCUUAUGGGCCAAGGUCUCUUUGCAACAAUUGCGGGUUCAUGUUUGAGCGCGAUCGCAAGCUGCCUCGUUUUACACUGAAUCUACAUCUUGGUGAUGCCAAGCCACUCUAG